AGCGCGAUUUUCGGUAUUCCGUGCUUUAUUUUCACUUUCAUGACGGAAUAUUGGAAGAAUUGUUUUACUAUUCCGUUUCGAAAUUUACUAUUUGCGGAAUAGCGGAAUAGCGUAAAAUUCGACCCCUGUUAAUAUAUCCCAUAACUGAAACAUGAGAAAACAUUAAUAUUUCAGCUGAAUCUGUGUCACAGGAUGCCCUCAUCCCAUAACUUAAACAUGAGCUCAGCGUCAGCGCUAUCAGGAUGCCUGAUGGUAAGAAAAGAGACAGAACUGUUUUUUUCUUAUCAUCAGAUGCCCACAUUCCAUAACUUAAACGUGAGUAAACAUUAUUAUUUCAGUUCCAGCGCUGUCACAGGGUGCCCACAUCAUGCACAUGAACAAAUAUUAAUAUUUCAGCUUCAGCGCUAUCACAGGAUGCCCACAUAAGCGCGAGUGCGCUGAGUUCCUAUGAGUACUACCAGAUGCAGCCUCUACCUCCAAACAGUUGUGACAACCGGCGUCUGGCGCCCACCGCUCCUUUCGUGUCGCAGUCUCACCCGACCUGCGUCUACGGCUACCACCAGCUGCACAAGGACUCCAUGGUCACCCCACAGCACGGAUUCUGCGAGCGAGGCAACCAGGUGAACAGGCCCGGGUUCCCCAGCCAGAGAAGUAUAACCGGAUACACGAAAACGAUCUCAGAAAGAAGCGUCUCGCCUAAUGAUGCCGGAUACUCGACCGAGCCCGCGACACGCUGUUAUUACCAUGGUUACAGGAAUCACUGCAUGUUGCACCAGGGUUACGCUGGUCUGCCCAAUAACUGCCGAGUCCUGCAAGGGUAUUAUUCCUACCCUGGUCUCCAGUACAUGGGCCUGCCUAGUAACUAUGGUAACCGCGCUGGCGAGGAAGAUGCCGACGAAUCGGAUGUCAGCGAGUGUGAAGGUCAAGAUGGCGUCUCCAAAUGUCGUUCGUCUCACCAAGAAGCAGACUUCACAGCGUCAGAAAAGCCGGACAAAGUACAGUGGGCUCAGAUGGGAGUGCUAUAGAAGCCAUUCCAGAAGAUGAAAUAUUUUAGCUAUGAAAACGGAUUUUGGAUGAAGCUUUAAGAAAUGUACCUAUUUCAGGAACCAGCAUGUGGAAACAUCCUGUUCUUGAUCUAUUUGUUAUUUGCUCAUUUUCAGAAGUGUUCAGAACUAUCAGGGUCGGAUUUACUGGUAGUAUUCUACAAACCAUACUAACAUUAAUAACAUGCUUUAUCUAUAAUAAAAUACGCAAAUCCUUUUUAAUAGUCUGCAAUUGUUUCUCCUCUUUUCAUGUGCACUGCUGACCACCUUCUUUGUACUUACCCGAUUCCGCAUUUCGCAAGGAUCUUUUUGCGCCCAGGUCCACUUGACUACCAAAUACACAUCGUACUAAAUAUUGCGUACAAAGAAUAAUUCCAUAAAUACAACCGUACCGGACACUGCCAUCUUUGUCACGUAAGAUUGAAGUGGCUAUAUACACGGCGGCCGUGUAUUUAGCCUCGGCUAAUAAGGACUGGCUAUCUACACGGUAAUCACAUUUUGUUUUAGGAAAGUCCAGUGUAAGACCACCAAUCUAAACUUUCCCGUACUAAGCACGGGUUACAUCUUGUAAUACUAUAGAAUAUAUUGUACAAAAAUACC